GGGUUAGACUUUUGUUCUUCAAGCACGAACCAUAUUCUAAUUUCCUCGCAUUCUAGAUUUAUAUGAAGUGGUUUUUAUAUUUAUAGCUCUGAACGUUUUCUAUAAUUAAAUGUUCAUAUCGAUGAUAUCUGAUCUUAUUCAAAAAAUUGGCUACAAAUGAGUGACAACGCUUGGAAAUUUUUAAGACGUCUGAACAUUGAAAUUUUAUGGCCAAUCCUGAAUUGGACUCAUUAAUGUGGUAUUAGUUCUUGUUGAUGUUACAAAAUAUACAGCUUUCUUCAUGACUGGUUUUAUUGCUGUUCAUGUUGGUGCUGGGUAUCAUGCAGAAAAUCUCCGACCCGUCUACAAAACAGCUUGUAAAGAAGCAUGUCUAGCUGCUAUAGAACUUCUUAAUAAAAAAUGUAAUGCAGUUCAAGCUGUUUCUGCAGCUGUGUCCAAGUUGGAGGACUGUGCACUAACAAAUGCUGGAGUGGGUUCGAACCUUACAUUAAAUGGCUGCGUGGAAUGUGAUGCUGGUGUUAUGGAUGGCAGUUCGUUGAAUUUUGGGUCUGUUGGUGCUUUAAGCAACAUUAAAAAUCCCAUAAGAGUAGCUCAAAAGGUUCUCGAGGAACAGAAUCAUGGACUUUUGUCUUUUGGACGUAUACCUCCAUGUACGUUAGUUGGUCAAGGAGCAGUUGAUUGGGCUUGUGAGCAUGGUUUUGAGACAGUUAAUGAUAAAGAACUGACCACAAAGACAAGUCGGGGUAUUCAUUUGAAAAAUAUGUGUUUGCUGAAAUCGUCCACCGGCAGCACUGAACAAGGUGUGUUUGACCUAAAUCAGAAAUCUUAUAAGGAAAGUAUGUUGUUGGAUACUGUUGGGGCUGUGUGUGUUGAUUCAUAUGGGAACGUUUCUGGAGCGGUAUCUAGUGGCGGCUUGUUGUUGAAGCAUUCUGGAAGAAUAGGACAGGCGGCUGUUUAUGGAGCGGGUUGUUGGGCUUCAAACUCGGAGCUUCAGGAUGAACCUAGCAUAGCUUGUAGCGUUACUGGUGUUGGGGAAUAUUUAAUUAAGACUAUGCUUGCAAAGGAGUGUUAUCAGAUGAUGCAUAAAGAUCAUGAUUCGGUGUCAGUGCUGCCAAACAUUUUAAAAAACUGUUUCAUAGAAUCACCAUGCUUAAAAAAUGUUUCCUCAAAAUUGGCCGGAAUAUUAGCCGUAAAGCAUUACAAGCAUAAAAAUCGCUGCGAACUUUCAUGGGUACACUCCACUAAAUCGAUGAUUUUAGGUUACAUGUGUGGUUCUGACAAAAAGGCUUCCGUUAUUGUUUCCCUUUUACCUACUAGUGCUGUAUGUGGGAAAAGUGUAGUUGGAGGAGAAGAAAAUAUUAGACUUUGACAUUUUUCUACUAUUUACUAGGUGGCUUAAUCAUAAAAGUUGUAGUUGGGAAAAAAAGAAACCUCACACUGCUCUUGUCACCAUAAAUUACACAAGUCUCUCGUCGACUGUCAUGUUUUGCACAAACAUGAAAUGUUUAUCAUGCAAAAGAACUUUUUUCUUAAAUAGAAGUUGGCAGUUGAAUUUUUUUUUUUUUGAAUUUUUUUUAUGGAGGGGGGGGGGGGGCUUAAAGUAGAAAUGAUGCAUAUUCGUAAAUGUGCUUGUUUUGCCUGAUGCAAAAUGUGUUGGAUAGCUGGAUGACAACCCUAUCCAUAUUCAAUUUUUGAACUUUUCCUAUGCUCGAUGCAUCUUGAUUUGCCGAACAUUUUUGUUGCAUCAAAUUUGCAGAUCUUUUAUUAACAGUAUUCAUAGGUACCCAUAGAUAACUGAGUUAGGUACACCUUGAACACAAUUUCAAUGUAUGGGUAGCAAUCUCCCAGUGCAAAUAUAUCUGUUUUCUUUACCAGAUCUACUACAAUUAGUUUUUCAGCACUUUUAAUUGUAGUUUGAACAUUAAUUUAAUGCAGCUGCAUAUUUUUUAAAGAAUUAAC